AUGAGUCACCAAUGUUGUAACAUAUACAUCCUUCCUUUUGGAAACCUUACAGGAUUUUAUUUCAUUCCUGGAGCACUGAGUGUAGAGGAAAAAUGCCAAUGGACAGAGGAGGGUUUAACCAGCUUCCCGCAGCCUAAUAGAACCAAUGACAAUGCAUUUCGGGGGUCAAUUAAUGAUUUAUUAUCUGCGGCGAACGAGGGAAAAGUCUUGGCUGCAGAAGGGAGUUCAGAUUCUGAAUGUAAUUCUGCUGUCAGCAAAGGGGGUGCCAACUGCCACGGGUGGAAGUUCUUUGAAGAACAUCUAGUGUCACCAAAGGGAAACUCAGGAAAAUCAGUUUCAGCUUCAAUUUUAUUGCAGAAACUGCGUUGGAGCACCCUUGGCCUGCAAUUUGAAUGGUCCAAGGUAGGCGUUGGGAACUAUGAUGUUUCUCUUCCACAUAACAAAAUCCCUGAUACGCUUUCCCUGGCUAAAAGACUGGCAAAACCUGCAAUGCCUCUGGGUGAAGAGUUCCAGCCUGAAGGUGCAAUAGUCAAUUACUUUGGCCACCUUGAUGACAUGGAAUUUACAUUUGUUGUGUCUUCUGGUUUUUUGUCUAGGUGAUAUGCUUGGGGACAUCUUGAUGACAUAGAAGCUGAUUGGAGUAAGCCUACCGUAAGCAUGAGUUCAGGCUGCAAAGCAAUUUUCCUUUUGGGCGGAAAGCUUAGGGAGGAUCCUCCAACAGCAAUGUUCCUUCGAAGCGGUGAUGUUCUACUUAUGGAGGAAUCGAGGGAAUGCUUUCAUGGUAGAUGCGUGCCUCGGGUAUUCACUGAUGGAGAAAAUGCUGAAAUUGUGCCUCUUGAGAAGCAUUUCUCUGACGAUACAGUUAAAUUCCUUCUCAUUGAAUUUUCGGUUUCCGAAAGAAUUUUUGGCGAUACAGAAUUGUAG